AUGAAAACAGAGAUAAAGCUAAAUUAUAUAUUCUAUAAUAUUUUAUCAUUCGAAAUUCAACAUUAUAAACAAUAUGUAAUCGACAGUUAUAACAAUGAUCAAACAAAGUUUGAUUCUAAAUUAUUGAAGCUUUCUUUGGUUUGCAAACUUUGGUUUAAUUAUAUACAAAUGGGUAUAGAUUCUUUCUAUAUUGAAAGUAUAAAUUGUAUUCUUCCCUCGGGAUAUUCCAUUCAUACAUUUGAAUGUGAAUCACCAGAUAUUGUAUUACCAAAUCAACAGACCUCUGAUGAAGCUAUAUUAGAGAGUUCAAAAUAUGCAUUGAUACAACAGUCAAACAUCAAGAUAUUAUAUGUCAAUUCAACUACGUCACAACAUUAUCAGUUUAACUUUUGCCAUGUGUUUGCAGAUUUAGUGUCGAGUCAUUUCAAAUACAUUGAGAUCAUUCAUAUGAAAGGUGAUGUAGAUAGUAUUGAUUUACCAGUAUGCAUGCGAAUUAACCGUAGUGCGAUUGCACCACAAUCAUCACUCAUAUCACAGAAUAUCAAGAUUAUAUUGGAUUUAAGAAUAGAAGAAGAUGGAGCUGGUGUAUUGCUUGCUAAGUAUGAUCUCUCAUCUCGUUCAUUUGACAUUCAAUUCAAUCGAAUAACAUUGACAUUUGGUGGAUUUUCAAAGUUUAACUUUACACAACAUUCGAUUCUUAAAGACUUUAUCAAACUAUCACCAAAGAAUCUUACCAUCAUUAAUAAUCUUUCAAACAGUACUCAUACAUUCGAUCAAAUCAAACAUGGUUCCUAUGUUCAGUUUGGAGAGUCAUCUACUCUAGAAUCUCUAAAAAUCGAACAAGAUUAUCUUGACUACUCUGAACUUGCUAUCAUUCUUCAAUCGAAAUCAUUGCAAUCAUUGGAUAUCAACUUACUCUGUCAUCCCGAGUACAGAGCAUCUCAUCCCAAAAGUCAAGAUACACACAUGGCAAAGCUAUUAAUGAAUGGAUAUAGACUUGAAUUUGACGACUACCAUGCUGAUAGCGAAGACGAUGAAGAUGAAGAGUUUGGUAAUGAAGAAGCAGAUAUAAUUGUAGAAAAUGAUAAUUAUAUGAUCAGCUAUGAAAAUAUAGAGAAUGAUUUAGAAGAUCUAAAGAAACAAUUGGUUAUUAAUAGUGUUUUGAAGAAAUUAGUGAUUAGAACAAGAUUUGCUCGUUUAAGAGAUUACAAACUAGUACCAAAUCGUCAAUUGGAAAGUGUCUUUACAGAUUUAUUGCUUUACAAUCAAACAUUACAAUCAUUGAAAUUCAAAGAAUCAAUGCCAGACUUUAUUAAUCAGUCAUUCUUUUGA